AUUGAUAUCCCUCUCUUUCCCCUCCAUCUCCGCCUUUACGGCUCUCUAUUUUCGGUUUGCAACCCAGCAGACUAAUUAACGGGAGCUAUGGCUGCCGCUGCCGCAUCCGCAGCUGUGCUCGAUCCGAGCAACAGCUCCAAAAACACCCUCAAACUCGAAAAUACCGAGAAGCGUGACAGCCUCAUCGCCAUCGAGAAGAAGUAUCAGGCGCAAUGGAAGGAGGGCAAGGUUUUCGAGGUCGACGCUCCCUCUCUGUCGGAGGUUCCUGCGGGAUCCAUGACCGCUGCGGAACUCCGUGAGAAGCACCCCAAGUUUUUCGGAACCAUGGCCUACCCGUACAUGAACGGAACUCUGCACGCCGGUCACAGUUUUACCGCCAGUAAGGUCGAAUUCAUGACCGCUGUGGCCCGUAUGGAGGGCAAGCGCGCUCUUUUCCCUCUCGGAUUCCACUGCACCGGUAUGCCCAUCAAGGCCUGCGCCGACAAGCUCGCCGACGAAGUCAAGAAAUUCGGACAGAACUUCGAAGGAUACAAGGAGGAGGGUGAGGAGGAAACUCAAGCCGCUCCUACCCAGGAGGUCAAGGCCGAGCAGCAGGAGAAGUUUUCCGGCAAGAAGAGCAAGGCCGCCGCCAAGACCGUGAAGAUGAAGUACCAGUUCCAGAUCAUGUUGGCCAUCGGUCUUCCUCUGGAAGAGAUCCACAAGUUCGCCAACGCCGACCACUGGCUCCAGCACUUCCCUCCGCUUGCCAUUCGUGAUCUCGACAGCAUGGGCGCCAGAGUCGACUGGCGUAGACAGUUUGUUACCACCGAUGCGAACCCGUACUACGAUGCCUUUGUGCGCUGGCAGAUGAACCGUCUUCACGAACUCGGCAAGAUUCAGUACGGCAACCGUUACACCGUCUACUCCCCCAAGGAUGGACAGCCUUGCAUGGACCACGACCGAACCGAGGGUGAAGGAAUCGGGCCUCAGGAGUACACGGCUAUGAAGCUGAAGGUCAAGGAAUGGGCGCCCAAGGUGGCUGAGCUCGUUAAGGGUAAGAUUGAGGACGACGCUAGUGUCUAUUUCGUCCCUGCUACUCUGCGUCCCGAGACCAUGUACGGACAGACUUGCUGCUUCCUUGGCCCUAAGAUCGAAUACGGUAUCUUCAAGGUGAAGGAGAAGGAGUACUUUGUUGCUACUAAGAGAGCCGCUUGGAACAUGGCCUUCCAGGGCAUCUUCUUCGACAGCGAGCACUUCCCCAAGACUCAGGAUGAGCUGCCUUUGGUCCUUGAGGCCCCUGGAUCUGCCUUCGUUGGCACCCUUGUCAACGCCCCGCUGUCAUUCCACACUGAGGGUGUGCGCAUCCUGCCGAUGGAUGGCGUUUCCGCCAGCAAGGGUACCGGCGUUGUUACCUCUGUGCCCUCUGACAGCCCUGACGACUAUGCUACCUUGCUCGAUCUUGCGAAGAAGUCCGAGUACUAUGGAAUCCAAAAGGAGUGGGCUGAGCUGGAAAUCCACCCUCUUAUUGAUACCCCGACAUACGGAAACCUUACUGCUCCUGCUCUGGUUAAACAGCUCAAGAUCAACUCUCCCAAAGACGUCAACCAGCUCGCCCAGGCCAAGGAAUUGGCUUAUGGUGAAGCAUUCUACAAGGGCACUAUGCUUGUGGGCGAGUUCAAGGGCGAGCCUGUGAGCGCCGUCAAGGAUAAGAUCCGCAAGUCUCUCUACGACAGUGGAGAUGCUUUCGCCUUCGCCGACCCCAUGGGUAAGGUUGUUAGCCGAAGUGGGGAUGACUGCGUCGUUGCCUACCUUGGCCAGUGGUUCUUGAACUACGGCGAGAACGAUGCUAAGUGGCAGAAGGACACUUUGAGCCACGUCGUGAACACUCUCAACACCUACUCGAAUGAGACUAAGAACGGUUUCGAGAAGAACCUUGACUGGCUCAACCGCUGGGCUUGCGCGAGAACGUAUGGUCUCGGAUCUAAGCUGCCAUGGGACCCUCAGUUCCUGGUGGAGAGUCUGAGUGACAGUACCGUCUACAUGGCCUACUACACCAUUGCCCAUCUUCUGCACGGUGAUCGCUACGGUAAGACCACCGGGUCUCUGAAUGUCAAGGCCGAGCAGAUGACCGACGAAGUCUGGGACUACGUCUUCACCCGACGCGAGCUCAGCGACGAGCUGGUGUCGAAGAGCGGUAUCAGCAAGGAGGCGCUGCAGCAGUUGCGGAGAGAGUUUGAGUACUGGUACCCUCUGGAUGUCAGAGUUUCCGGAAAGGAUCUUAUCCAAAACCACCUGACCUUCUUCCUUUACAUUCAUGUGGCUCUCUUCCCGUCCGAGUACUGGCCUCGUGGCGUCCGUGCCAACGGACACUUGCUUCUCAACGGUGACAAGAUGAGUAAGAGCACGGGUAACUUCCUGACUCUCAAGGACUCUGUCGAGAAGUUCGGUGCCGAUGCCACCCGCAUUGCCUUUGCCGAUGCCGGUGACGGUAUUGAGGACGCCAACUUCGAGGAAACCGUUGCUAACAGUAACAUUCUGCGUCUCUUCACCCUCAAGGAAUGGAUUGAGGAAGUUGUCAAGGACGAGUCUCUGCGUACUGGCUCUGCGGAUCUUUUCUGGGAUAAGCUCUUCAACAACGAGCUGAACAACCUGGUUCAUGAAGCUAUCAAGAACUACCAAGACACGAACUUCAAGCUUGCUCUGAAGUCUUCCCUGUAUGACUUGACCGGUGUCCGUGAUGUCUACCGUGAGGCCACCGCCGCCGCAGGUGUCGGAAUGCACCGUGACAUGAUCCUCCGCUAUAUUGAGCUGCAGGCUCUCCUGAUGGCUCCUAUCGCUCCUCACUGGGCCGAAUACCUGUGGCUUGAGGUCCUCAAGAAGCCCGAGACCAUCCACUUCGCUCGCUUCCCCGAAGUCCCCGAGCCUUCCCCGGAACUGCUGGCCGCCUCGAACUAUGUCCGCAGCACCUCCUCCGGCAUCACCUCCGCCGAGGCCAACUUCACCAAGAAGCUGUCCAAGGGUAAGGCCAGCUCCUUCGACCCGCGCAAGCCCAAGAAGAUCACAAUCUUCGCCGCGAAGAAGUACCCCGAGUGGCAGGAGAAGUACAUCGACCUGGUCCGCGAGGCCUUCGACUCCCUCAGCCUCUCCAUCAACGACAAGGAGCUGAACGCCAAGGUCGGCAAGCUGGGUGAGAUGAAGAAGGCCAUGCCUUUCGUCCAGGGCCUGAAGAAGCGCCUGGUCCAGAGUAAGGAGGCCCCGGAUACCGUCUUCGCGCGGAAACUGCCGUUCGACGAGUUCGCCGCCCUCGAGGAGAUGCGGGGCGGUCUGAAGCGGACGACGGGCUGCAAGGAGCUCGAGAUCAUCGCCGUCGAUGAGGGUGGCAAGACCGGUGAGGUGCUGGGCACCGGCGAGAAGAGAGAGGGCCUGCAGGCUGAAAAUGCCGUCCCUGGAAACCCGACCUUCGCUUUUGCCAACAUUGCGGAGUAAAGUCCUUUCCUUUCUAGAAAUACAGAUCUAGAGCGAUUUGGCUUCGGAGAUGUAAAAAAUUAAAUUAGCAUAAAGAAGAAUACGAAGAUGAAGAAAUGC